AUGAUUUCCGCCUACUGCUGCUGCCUCGGCGACGAGUCGCUGCCAGCGGCAGAAGUGCCACUGGCUCAAGUGCUGCCAGACAAGCAGGAGGCGGCAGAUCUGUUUGCGGCUACAGACGGACAUGCCCCUGAAGUGGGCUUCUUUGUCGUGGCCUUAGAUAUGGGCAUGCAGCCGAAGCCAUUGGGCCUGGAUGUGGAUAACCUGGAUUCGAGAGGCUCUCUCAUUACCGGUAUCCACGAGGGACUGAUUGACGUCCACAACCUCAACCAUCCGCAGCAGGCCGUCCGCCCCUUCGACUCCAUUAUUGGCCUCAAUGGCACCUGCGGGCCGAUUAGCCAGCUCCUGCGAGUGAAGAUGUCCGCUCUUCCUGCAGAGCCAGUUGCAGCUGCUCCGCGGCUGAUGCUGGGCAUCCUCCGGCCUGACCGGCGGAUUGUACGCUUGGUCAAGCCAGGAGAGCUGGGCGUGCAGCUGAAGUACACCAACUCCUCCACCGGCAUUGUCAUAAGCCACAUCAGUGAGCAUGGAUUGAUUGCAGACUGGAACGCAUCGCAUCCAGAGACUUCCGUGUGCCCGGGCGAUCGCAUCGUCGAAAUCAAUGGACGAAUGCUCAAUGGACGAGAGAUGUUGGAGCACAUUCGCCGAGAGGUGGAACUGGAGAUGACGGUGCUCCACUACCCCGAUACAGAUCGGAGCAGUCUGGAGUUGUCCCGAUUUCAGCGCUUGAAGUCGUGA